ACACCCAGUGAUCGGAACUGCGGAAAACUGAAAUCCGACUUCCGGUUACUAUCGUCUCCUGCAUUUGCGGUCAUAGUGUGUUCGCUUUUAUGUUCGGUUUAUGUUAGAAGAUUGGGGAAAAUGACAAUGAAUGCACUUGGUCAACAACAGCAGCCGAGACUCUUGACCCCACAACAACCAACUGUGCUGCCUCAAGUGGAUAGAGAGCGAAUAUAUCAAUGGAUCAAUGAGCUCACCAGUCCAGACAGCCGUGAAAAUGCUCUGCUGGAACUUAGUAAGAAGAGAGAGGUUGUUCCUGACUUGGCACCAAUGCUGUGGCAUUCAUUUGGCACAAUUGCAGCUCUACUCCAAGAAAUAGUAAAUAUAUACCCGGCCAUUAAUCCUCCUAAUCUUACGGCAUCACAGUCCAACAGAGUGUGUAAUGCUCUUGCUUUGCUGCAAUGUGUUGCUUCCCAUCCGGAGACAAGGUCAGCUUUUCUGCAAGCUCAUAUACCACUAUUCCUGUAUCCAUUCCUGCACACUGUCAGUAAGACCAGACCUUUUGAGUAUCUCCGACUUACCAGUCUGGGUGUAAUUGGUGCCUUAGUCAAGACUGAUGAGCAAGAAGUUAUCAACUUUCUGCUGAACACUGAAAUCAUUCCUCUGUGUUUGAGAAUCAUGGAAUCAGGCAGUGAACUUUCAAAAACAGUAGCCACAUUCAUCCUACAAAAGAUACUUUUGGACGAAACAGGUCUUGCCUAUAUCUGCCAAACUUAUGAAAGAUUUUCACAUGUUGCAAUGAUCUUGGGUAAAAUGGUGCUACAUUUGUCCAAAGAGCCAUCAGCCAGGCUGCUCAAGCAUGUGGUGAGAUGCUACCUGAGGUUGUCCGAUAAUCCUAGAGCAUGUGAAGCUUUGCGCCAGUGCCUACCAGACCAACUCAAAGACAGUACAUUUGCCACAUGUCUUAAAGAUGACAACUCUACCAAAAGAUGGCUUUCUCAGCUGCAAGUAAACCUAGAAGCACCCACCGGCCCAGGACCUGACCCUCGUGGCAUGACGACACCACUUCACCAACAGUGACUGGAACAAACUACAUAUGUCAAUAAACUCCCUGUUAAUGUGCUCUUUCAUCAGUCAUAACAUAUUCUAUCUUGGAUACUGUAUGGCUAGUAGAUUUCAAAGGCCCAGUUAAAGUCCUAUUGAUGGGACCUUCCCGGUUAUACUCAUCAGUCAUCAAAGUUAUUGUUUCAUGACAGCAUUUGAAUGAAAAGUUAUUAAUGUAUAAUUAGAUGUAACAUUUUGUUAUCUUAAGAAAUCUUGAAGAGGUUUAAUCUCUCAAUGCAUGUAGAAAAGUUUACAAUAAUAAUGGUUAGGCUCUCCUUUGUAUUAUAGAACAACUAAAUGCACUCCGUCUGGUAUUAUGUAUUUCAGGAAGUGUAAGUUGUCUUUGCAUGAGCCAAUGACAUGACUCACUCAUUUUUAUCUUGAUCACUUGGACUGAAGGUCCAUGUGAGCUUAUGGCAUGUUGUUUGUUACUUGUUAACUUUUGACUGCGAUUAGGUUAUCUAGCACUGUAACAGGACUCAAAUGUGUUCCCAACAGUCAAAUCAAAAUAAGAAAUAAAUAAAUGCAAAUUGCCAUAAACCCUAAAAAAAGGUUCUAAGGAACUACAAGGUCUUGAAAUAUAUAUAACUAUACAUAUAUAUGAUGUGUAGCAACUCAGUGAGAUUCAUAUUUGUUCAUGCUGGCAAGGAUUAUGUUGGGAGGUGUUUUCACUACGCAUUACAUUACAUUAUUGCAUUACAUUUGCCAAUCCGUCAUUGAUGAAUAUCAAACGUGACAGUAAUAUCAUUACAAUCUAGCAGUUUGUGCAUAUCCAUUUAAAACUGACAAUUGUAAAUGCCACCAAGCAUUUGUUUAUAAUGCCUUGGAUUUCUAAGUUUCACUUUCAUGUGUUGAGACUCAUUAACUCACAACACUUUUAGUCACAACAGUCAUAUUGCAUUAAUGGCCACAUAAUCAGGGACAACUGAUAAGAAGAAUCUCUUUAAAUAAUUUCUGGCUGGAGAAAUAGUGAGUGAUUGUAAUUUCUUGCUCACUUAUGAGAGAAUAAAUGCAAUAAAAUUUUUACACAUGCCACAGGGUCAUACAUAAUAUGCAUAUUAGGACCAGCCAAUGAAAAUGCAAUGUCUCGCAUCUCGCAAGGGAAUAUUAUCAUACGAUUGCUGUGGGUUUACCAGGUUAAUAAGUCACUUAUUCAAUGCAUUUUGUACUUUGAGUCCGCCGACUUUCACUUUUACCAAGACUCAUUCUGCAGUUUUAUUCAAAGAUUUGUGUAACAGUGUCAUUUUUUGUUAGAUCAUGAUUGAUUAAAGAGAAUAAAAACGUACACAUGAAUAAUGGUCAUUCCAGUAUUGGGAAUAUUUUUAACUGUAAUCAAAAUGCACACUGAUCAGUGACAUAUAUUGACAAAUUAUUAUUAUUAUUGUCUUUGACAUGUAUUUAAAAACGAUAAUAAAAAAUCAUAAAUCUCA